CAACAUUAAUAAUGCAAUAAAUAAUUCAGUGGCUGUGAAAGAACGACCAAAUUCACUUUUCUCUAUUUCCAUUACUUGAUCUACCAAGACAUUUUCUCACGAAGGGAAAUGAGAAGCCAAUAACGGACAUUGCGAUUAUCAAUUUAGACAAAGGAAUUCAAUAACUCGUUACCUCGACCGCAAUUUGUCCGUGCCUGAACAAGAUGUUGGCCAUAAUAUUCGUUAUUUUAACAGCCGUAGUCGCAAAUCAGACAAAACCAAAGUCAGAGACAUUUGCACCAUUCAUCACCACCCGACGCAAGUCCAAGGUUGCUUCCACUUCCACAGCGUCUUCAUCAACGCGAUCUGGAUGGUUUACAAGGAAUAUCCUCGAGCCUUUGGUAGGGCCUACUGUCCCUGAUCAUACAAUCACUGACUACUACUUCUUCCUCCUUGCGACGCUCAAUGACGAUUCAGGACAGUACUUGGGCAUAUUUCACCAAUGGUUUGUCAUCUCCGAGUUACAGGAGCUCUCAGAAGCAGGCACUUCCCAAGUGACCUCUCAAGCGGAAGACCGGAAACAGAAGGCCGUCCAAGCUAAAAUCAAUAAAGACUACCAUGAGACAGCCAGAGCGUAUGUUGAUGCAGCAAAGCUAUACGAAAAGAGCGGAUCACAGUUUAAUUUUAUGGAAGCAGCAGGAGCCUAUGAAGAUGCGUUCAAAGCGUACCAAAUGGUUAAGCAAACAGGGCCUGCCCUUCAAUGUCUAGAGAACGCUGCCAGGCUGUUCCGAUCGAAUGAUCGAGGUGCCUCCAGAGCUGCCAAGAUUUACAAUCAGUUAGGUGACCUCCUUAAGUCACAAGAUCCCAAGAAGGCGGCAGAGAUGUAUCGCGAAGCAGCAGAGCUAUUUCAAAGCGCUGGCGAUGGGCGAGCUCUGCAUGCAACGAUACGACUAGCAGAGCAACUUUGUGUUCUACAUAACUAUGCACAAGCAUUUUCGCUCUACAAGGAAACUAUCAUUCCAGAGACCAUGUCGCAAGAGAUCCUUCGAUAUACAACGCGAGAUCAUAUCCUGAAUGCUAUUAUUGCGCAUCUGGGCGCUACUCAGGGCGACUGGAUAGUGUUUGAGACAGAUAUUGAGCACUUUGAAGAGGCUUGUCCUGACUUUGGAGCGUCCCAGGGUUUGAGAGUGCUCAAAAGCCUAGCAAAAGCAGAGCGAGAGCACGAUGCAACUUUGUUUCGCGAAGCAUGCCAGGGAUUUGAUAGGCUUCAUAGUGGUGGAAUGCCAGAUUGGCAGGUUGGCUUGCUCUUGAAAGAGAAACAGAAAUUAGAAGGUGGUAGCCUACUAUAAGUUUUAUAAUUAUUUUUACUACAUAAAUCAUUUAAUAAAGUCUUUACGCGCCUUUAC